CUCGCCUCUCGCACCUGCGCCCGCUCUCUCUCUCUCUCUCUCUCUCUCCGUGUGCAGCCUUGCACUCCUUUCUCCACUGCUGCACCGCAUCAGCCCGGCCUGCCGCCGCCUGUGCGCCGCCUGCUGCUCGCGCGCCGCCCUCUGCCUCCACAGUCAGAGACCAUCACUCAACGCGCGCCGCUGCCGCUCCGGCCCAGCCCGGCUCUCGCUCAGCGCACUCCCGUCGCGGCCACCGUCUCCCUCUCGCUUCACUAGACACACACUCUGCCCGCCAUGUCGAGCUGGACCUCGUGGCUCGUCGGCAAGCGGGAGAACCCGAAUGCGGCGCGCGAGGCCAUCGUCGGCCUGCGCUCGCAGCUGCUGAUGCUCGAGAAGAAGGAGGAGCACCUCAACAACAAGAUCGACGCAGAGACGCGCAAGGCAAAGGCGCUUGUGGCGACGAACAAGCGGGCGGCCGCGGCGGCGCUGCGCCAGAAGAAGGCAUAUGAGAACGAGCUGGACCGGAUCGCUGGCACGCGCAUGACGCUCGAGACACAAGUCAAUGCCAUCGAGAGCGCCAACAUGAACCUCGAGACGAUGACGGCGAUGCGCAAGGGUGCCGAUGCUCUGCGCAACAUCCACGGCAGCCUCAACAUCGACAAGGUCGACUCGACGAUGGACUCGAUUCGCGAGCAGAUGGACCUCACAAACGAGAUCAGCGAUGCGAUCUCGAACCCGGUGGGCAUGGGCAACGAUAUCGACGAGGACGAGCUCAAGAACGAGCUCGAGGAGCUGGAGCAGGAGGAGCUCAACCAGCGUCUCAUUGGCGCCGACCACGUGCCCGUGCACACGCCGGCACACAUGUCGUCUGCCGGGCCGAGCCGCGUGGAGCCGAGCCGGAAGCAGGCCGUCGUCGAGGACGACGACGACGCGGAGCUGCGUGCGCUGCAGGCCGAGCUGGCCAUGUAAGGUGGUGCAGCACGCCCACCUGCACGCCGUCUGCUACGCUCGCGAGCAUCCUAAUCCUAGCAUGACGCUUGCGCGCUGGCGCUCUUCACUCCCACUCCGUCGGUCCUCGCUCGUGUCCAGCUCAGCACACGGAACCCAAACGCCGUCGCUCGCUGUGUCUCGAGUCGCUGGUCCUUCUCACGCCUCGCUCGACGUCCCAUCUACACCCGGUCUCCCUCCCACUCCACUCCCUCUCUCGCCGGCCCGCUCGUUCAGGUCUCAGUCGCUAUGUACACCACACUCCGCCCAUCCUGUUCCCCUCUCUCUCCACCGCAGCGGC